GCCGGCGCCAUGGCCGCCCGCCGGCCCACAGUGCUCCGCGGCGCCGCCAUGGCAACUCGGCGCCCGCCCGCCGUCGCUCGUCGAUGCCGUAGCGGGAGGCGAUUGGGGGAGAGCGGGGGAAGCGGCGAGGCUCGCGUCUUCCUUCCUCCGUCCGCCGGCCGCGGCUCUCGGCAUGCGGGUGAAGCUGUGCGGGGCGGCGGGCGGGCGGCUGGGCACGCUGGCGGGGCUGGGCCGGAGCGGGACGGCCGCCUUGGCGCUGCCCGGCUGCCUGCUGUACACGCGGACCGGCACGGCGCCGCACCUCACCCGCGACACGCUGCGCGAGGUCGGCGGCGUGCCUGCCGUGGCACAGCUCACGCUGCCCACCAUGGCCGAGCUGCACGACGUCCUGGAGGAGUACAAGGAGGGAGCGGCGAAGUUUAUAGGUAUGCCAGAUACAGUGCUGUACUGCUCCCUUCAAGAUCCAGUUGCUCCCUGUCCUUCUGGCUACAACACCAACAAGUGUCCCUAUGGGGUAGCUCAGGACGCAUGGAAAUGACAGCUUCCAAGUUCAUGGACAUACAGCGGGCUAUCCAGCCAGACUGGUUCCAGUGCAUUGCUGAUGGAGACACUAUUUCUGGAGAAGUUUCUAAAAAAAGGGCCAAGAAGUCUGUGGACAGAUCGCUUUCCUUCCUGGAUGCAUGCCUUCAGCUGCUGGAAAAGGCACCGGAACUACAAGGAAGUGUAAUGUUUGGGACAAUUGAAGGUGGAGAUGUCUUGGAAGAGAGGCUCAGAUCAGCCAGAGAGACUGCCAAGAGACCUGUGGGUGGCUUUCUGUUAGAUGGCUUCCAGGGACAUGCCAUGGCAAAGGAGACCAAAUUGAACCUGAUUUCUUCUGUGACAGCAGAGCUGCCAGAGGAUAAACCAAGAAUCAUUCAUGGUGUGGGCAAACCAGAUGAGGUGCUUGAGUGCAUUGAAAGGGGAGUGGACAUCUUUGAGAGCUUCUUUCCCUUCCAGGUGACAGAGCGAGGCUGUGCCUUGGUGUUUGGCUAUGAUUACCAUUCAGAUCCCAAAGCAGCAGCAGUUUUAAAACAAGAUGGGGCCCAGGACCUGGAGAAAAAUGGUACUGAAGAAGACAAGGAGGAGGUUGUCAAAGCUGACCCAGAAAUGACACCAUUUGAGAUAUUUCUGAAGGAGAAAAGAUACUAUGAUGACUUUCGUCCUUUGCUGGAAGGAUGUACCUGUUACUGUUGUCAGAGGCACACUCGCGCAUACCUCCAUCACCUCCUUGUGAGCAAUGAGCUUCUGGCUGGUGUCCUGCUCAUGAUGCACAACUUUCAGCACUACUUCAGCUUCUUCAGCACCAUACGAGAUGCUUUAAGAGAUGACAAAUUGGAUCAGCUGAAAAAGCUCAUCUUCAGUCAGGCACUGCAAGGCCCAGAAAAUGCAAAGAUAGACCAGUGAGUUCAGAGAAAAUAGAGGAGGUCACAGCUUACAUCCUUACCCACUGGGACUGUUGAAACUUCACUGCUAGCAGAAUGACCUGUUAGGUUCUAAAAUGCCUCCUUUCCUGGAGGAACUGUAAAGGGAUGCUUUAAGAUCUCACUUCCAGGCAGGGAAGGAAGAUGUUACUCAAACAUCCCUUGAGGUUAAUUGGCUUGGUGCAUUCUCAGGUUAUAGAAUAGCCUGAACAGCUCAUAAAACCAAUACAGACAGCUUUGUUUUCAGUUAUUUGUUGGUGGCUUUCCAUGUGGGAGAACUCUGAGUGGAAGCUCAGCAGCUGUUUGGGUCUUCUGCCCCUUUUCCCCCAAAAAUGCUAGUGAUGCGGUUGUCCCUUCAUGCAGCUCCUUGUGAGAUCCUGCCCCAGCCUACCACACUGCUCCUUGUGAACACUGCCAGCAUCCAUGUCCCCAAGAAGAAGUGGUUGGAAGUGCUGCUCUAUUUAGUGGCACAAAGACACCAUACCCAUACUUCUGUUACUCUGCAGUGCAGAAUGUUCUCUGGGCUCUCCACUUUAGCCCUUUUUACUCUGUAUCCUUUACAUCUGUAUGGAUUAAUAUGCCAGUAAAGGACUGAAAUUUAAAUGAUCACGUACC